AUGUGCUGGAAUUUUAUCGAACGCCACAUGAGCGUAUCGAGUUGUCUGAUGGUGCACUGCCUACCUGAGCUGCAUAAAAAUUCGCGUCUGGCAGAGAAGGCAAAGACUUCCGUUCUUCGACAUUUCAUGCAGACUGCCCAAACCUGCGAGUUUUUGCUGCUGGAUGCCGAAAAGAUCAUGGACUUGGGUGCAUCCGAUGAUUUGUACAUGGAAACGGAAGAUGAAGUGUUUGCUGCUGUGAUGCGUUGGUUUGAUCACGACAAAGGUGGACGCAAAGCGCAUUUAUCGGACGUGUUGCAGUUUAUUCGAGUUCCAUUUCUUAGUCCUCAUUGUCUUGAACAGUACUUCCUCGCCUUUCUAAAUGGCUUCCACAGUACCGCGGCUGAUAACACGCAAAAUCUGUCAGGAGUUAUUACUGAAUUACCGGGACGCAGGCCGGAUGCAGUGGUAUCCAGAUGCCGACCCCGGGAGUUCUAUGGUUUGCUCAAAGUGAUUCUCUGUGUUGGUGGUUACGACGGCACGAACAGCAAAGCUACGUACAUGUUUUGUCCUUCCAUGGCGGCUUUUUGGCACAUGGGCGAAAUGCCAUACGAAGUAUCUGGCUGCGGCGUAGUUGUGAUGAGCAAGAAUUCAACUUUCGUAUGCGGCGGAUAUACAAGCUAUACCAGAAAGGAAGACCAGCGCGUCAGCCAAUAUGAUGCAGUUCGUAAUGUGUGGAAACUUGUUGCGCCAAUGCAGACGGCGCGGAUAAACUUUGGCGUGGCAGUGUUGCGAGGUUAUAUCUAUGCUGCUGGAGGGGGUAUUUACGCGCAUCCAAAUUGGGAAGCAAUCCAUUCUGUGGAACGCUAUGACCCUCAAACCAACUCUUGGCAGUUUGUGGCUAAUUUACCGAUUAAUGGUUUGUUGAAUCCCGCGAUGGUGGCAGUAAAAGAUCGGCUUUACAUAUUUGGCGGAAGAUCUCAGGGAGUUGUGACGAACGCUGCAUUUUGCUACGAUCCAGCCAGCGAUGCCUGGAACAGGUUGGCCGAUAUGCCUACAGCUCGGGCGGGAUGUUGCGCGUGUGUCGGAUCCAACGGAUUGGUGUAUGUCAUCGGUGGAAAAGUUGAUCAGCCUUUGAAAUGCGUGGAGGCUUAUGACACGACGACAAAUGCAUGGCUGAGAAAAAGUGAUCUGAUUACGAAACGCACUGCAUCUGGGUGUGGAUAUGUGGAUGGUAAGAUUUACGUUCUCGGUGGUUUGUCCGCCAACGCGGAAGUCUGCCAGAGUUCCAUAGAGGUGUACGAUGUGGAUACUGACGCUUGGACCAUGCACGAAUGCCGAUUGCCCAAGGCCAUCCGAAGUUUUGGUUGUGCAGUGAUGAGUAUGAAGAAAGGAGCUAAUAUGGCUUUGGUGUCGCAGUCUGGUUAA